AUGGAGCUUUUUGUCUUAACAAGCACAGAGAGCUCGCAGGAGUCAAGUGAGGAGGAGAAGGAGAAAGAUGGCCCUGAGUGUACAUCUGAAACCAGCACGGUGGAACAAUUUGUCCCCGCCCUUAUUUGCAUGCGUUGUUAUAUGCCUAUUGCGCAGUAUGAUGAGAUCCUCCCACAUCGAGCCACAGAUGCGUGGGCAUCGCAAGUAUACACAUAUGAGUUGGAUCUUUUUGAAAACAAACCACCCUUGUGGUGUUACUCUGCCACCAAUCCAUCCACCCAUCGCUUUGACCUUGUGCGAUGCGAUGCUGUGAUUGCGUUGCGGCGUCAUUUACUGUCAUUCUACGGCCAAUGGUCAGCGGAGCACUCUUUCUUCGUCGGCCACGAGUGGUGCUGUGUCGCAUGCCGGGCGUGUCAAAACUUUUUAGGGUGGGGCUUUCGGCGAACGUUGAAUGUAUCGAGGGAUACCGAAAAUGAGACAUUGGAGACGGAGGAGGAUGCAGAAGUUCCAGUGGAUAAUAAUCUCAGUUUUGUUGGGAUUAUUUUGACUCGCUGCAUCGGCAAUGAUAAGUACCCGCUGUCACAAUUUGAGGCCUGCGCAGCCAUUGGUGCUCUAUUAGGACCCUCGUAG